AUGUUGAUGAACAUCGUCUUCUACCUCUGUAUACUCUUUCCGAUCAUCCGUAUCAAGCACGAUUUGCUCAAUUUAAUCACGGAGUUCUUCUCCUACUUGUUUCGAUACGAUCACAAUACUCCAUACCCAAGCCUCGUCGAUCUUCCCGUUAUCAGGUUCGAAGAGCUGCUGGAAAGGCGAAACAGAUCUGUGGAGGAGAUGUGCUUCAUAUGCUCUGCCGAUUUCCAUCUCGAAGACGUUGUUUGUCAGCUCAGUAGGUGUCGUCAUGUCUACCACUCCGACUGCGUCGCUCAAUUGCUUCAACAGAAACAACCGACUUGCCCGUUCUGCCGCUCUCCGAUCUUCUCCGGCCUUUCACCGAUGGCUUGUGAAAACUUUUGA